CCAAACGCACCGUAACAGGCCUCUCCUUCUUCAAUCUCGCUCUGUAGCCCUAAAACCCGAAAAACCCUAACACUGAAUCUCCCAUGGCGGACCAAGAGCUCGAUCCCUCCGCUCCUCCAUGUCUCUGCCUGCUCUCAGCUUUUCUUGCCAUGGAACCCACCGACUCCUUGGUCAGCUUGGCCAGGGUAUGCGGUGGAGGGUCGGUUACUGAGGGAGUGCAGAGGUUCAUUUGGGACCAUUGCCUAAGCAGAGGUGCUGGAAAAUUUCAUGUACCUUACUUGAAGAAUUUUCUAAAGAAGCUUAUAACUGAAGUGGAACUGAACCAUGGUGUUGUUUUGGACGAAUUAUAUGAACAGUAUGCUUAUUACAUGACAUCAUUGAAGGAUAAUUUGGUGAAAGGAAAUGCGAGAGUCUGCAAAUGCAUUUCAUUUCUUUUUCCUGAUGGUUGUUUUGAACUUCCAAGUUGUCCCAACUCAAGGAAAUUGGUGGUCCCGCUACAAUGUUCACUCAACAUGCUUGAAGGAGAUACUGGAUGUUCAGUUUGGCCUUCCAGUCUUUUUUUGUCAGAAUUCAUACUUUCUUUUCCAGAAUUAUUCUCUAAUAAAUCAUGUUUUGAGGUUGGCUCAGGUGUUGGUUUGGUUGGCAUUUGUCUUGCCCACGUGAAUGCGUCAAAGGUGACGUUAAGUGAUGGUGACCUGUUGACCUUAAUGAAUCUGAAACUUAAUUUGGAGUCCAACAAUUUGAGCAUUGAAACUGAUGGGCCAGAAAGAACUCCCGGAGAUCCAAAUAUGGUAAAAUGCAUUCAUCUGCCAUGGGAAUCUGCAUCAGAAAAUGAGCUCCAAGACUUGAGGCUUGAUGUUGUUUUGGGUGCAGAUAUAAUAUAUGAUCCAGUAUGUCUCCCUCAUCUUGUUCGAGUACUUGCCAUUAUUUUGAACCAGAAUAAAUCAAUGGGUGGUAAAGUCAAUGGUAUUAAUAAAUGGAAUGCUGAUGACAACUGUGAUGGAUUUGAUAGUAAAGUCAAUGGAGCUAAUCAAGGGAAUCCCAAUGCUGAUUGUGAUGGAUUUGACAAAACAAUUUGUGAUCCCACUUCAAACUCUGGCUCAAGAAAAGGCCCUAUGGCUUACAUUGCUUUUGUUAUUCGUAAUACCAAUACAUUUAAUCAAUUUCUCUCUCUUGUAGGCCAAGCUAGCAUUACCAUCACAGACCUAACUGAAUCACACAAGCCAAUCAGUUUGCUCCCUUACAUGCAGUCCUAUGAUAGAUCCGAAGUACGACUACUUCUUCUCUCAUGCAAAUUUGCAACCCCAACAAUCACAGCAUUGCGUCUACUUUCGAAAAACCACGGCACAACAGUGAAGGAACCAUAUCUGUUGCUCUUUCAAACAGCAUUUCAUCAUCAGCAAAUGGAAGAGCAAAAGGAAGCGAUGGAGGCGGAGGUGAUUCACUCGUGGUCUGCUCCAAGAUCCCUCAGUACCAGUCUCAUGUAUUCUUUUGCGCAGAGGAACGAUAUUGAAGUGCUUGAUGAACCCCUCUAUGCAAAUUUCGUACGGGUUACAGGCCUUGAUAGGCCCUACAGGGAGGAGCUACUCUCCAAAAUGGAAUCAGAUGGAAAUAAAGUUGUCAAAGAGGUCAUCUUUGGCCCAGGAAGAAAGAAGUAUCGAUUUGUUAAGCAUAUUGCAAAACAACGGUUAUGUGGUUUGCCAAAUGACUUGAUGAAGAGAGGAAAGCACUUUAUAUUGAUAAGAAAUCCUCUUGAUAUUUUGCCAUCCUUUGACAAGGUUGUGCCUCCGUCCUUUUUUGAGUUAGGUUUGGCAGAACUAGUCUCCAUAUACAAUGAUCUCCGUGAGUUGGGAAGGGCCCCACCUGUUAUUGAUUCAGCAGAUCUUCAGCGAGAUCCGGAGGCUACUUUACGUGGUCUUUGUGACGAAUUGGAUAUUCCAUUUCAAGAUGCAAUGCUCAAAUGGGAAGCUGGUCCAAAACCAGUAGAUGGCCUUUGGGCUCCAUGGUGGUAUAAGAGUGUACAUAAAUCAACAGGUUUUGAGCAACCAAGAAAGUAUCCUUUGCCAUUUCCUUUUCCUCUGUAUGACUUGCUGGAGCAAAGUCUACCUUUGUACAACAUGCUUAGGCGCCAUGUGAAGCAGACAUCAUGCCUUCUAAAGUCCCCUUUACCUCCUCCUGAUCUUCCAGUUCCUGCAAAUGAGAAGCUGCUUGCAUGGGUUGGUGAUGAGAUUUUACCUCGUGACAGUGCAAAGGUUUCUGUGUUUGACUCGGUUGUCCAAGGCGGAGAUUCUGUUUGGGAGGGACUUCGAGUUUACAGUGGGAAAAUAUUUAAGCUUGAGGAGCAUUUAGACAGGAUCUUUGACUCAGCAAAAGCUUUGGCUUUCAAAAAUGUUCCAACUCGUGAAGAGAUCAAAGAAGCCAUCUUCUCAACUCUCAUUAGGAAUGGAAUGUUUGAUAACGCACACAUCCGACUGUCUCUAACUCGUGGCAAGAAGGUUACUUCUGGCAUGAGUCCAGCAUUCAAUCUUUAUGGAUGCACCUUAAUUGUGCUACCUGAAUGGAAGCCCCCUGUCUAUGAUAACACGCAUGGUAUAACUCUGGUGACUGCUACCACACGUCGUAAUUCACCAAAUAAUCUGGAUUCAAAGAUUCACCACAAUAACCUCCUUAACAACAUACUUGCAAAGAUCGAAGGUAAUAAUGCAAAGGCUGAGGAUGCCAUCAUGCUUGACAAGGAUGGUUAUGUAUCAGAAACAAAUGCUACAAACAUUUUUUUAGUGAAGAAGGGCCGUGUUCUGACACCUCAUGCUGAUUAUUGCCUUCCUGGCAUAACUCGAGCAACUGUCAUGGACCUUGUGGUAAAGGAAAAGUUGGUCUUAGAGGAGCGAAGAAUCAGUCUAUCCGAAUUCCACACUGCAGAUGAGGUAUGGACAACGGGGACAAUGGGAGAACUCACCCCGGCGGUGAAGAUUGAUGGGCGCAUCAUUGGCAACGGACAAGUUGGGCCUGUGACUCUCAGGCUGCAAAAUGUUUACAAAAAAAUGACAGAAGAGUCGGGAGUGCCCAUUCCGACCUAUGUUAAGAGUUGAUACUAUGUUGCCAGAAGUGUCUUUGUAUUCAUGGCCUGAAGUUAAAGGAACCUGGAAGUUGCUACCAGAGAUGUGAACAAAGAUUUAAGAAUGCCAAUCCAUUCAAAUUCUGAAAGUCAGGUGCUAUGUGAAUAAUCUUUCAACUAAAUAAUUGGGGAUACUAGAUGCCCUUGAUGAAUAAAGUUUUUGCUGUGUCAUUGUCUAUAUGUGAUGUUUGUUGUACAACUUGUACUGUCUAUUAUUGAAUGCAUAACAAUUGAAGGGAGCAACAAUGGUUAACUA